GCGGGGCCCGGGCCGCGGUGGUAGGCGCGCGUCGCUGGGCGCGCGGCCUGGGACGUGCGGUUCUAGGCGCGGAGUCGAGCUUGGGUCGGGUCGCGGCGGCACCAUGGUGCUGUGCCCGGUGAUCGGGAAGCUGCAGCACAAGCGCGUGGUGUUGGCCAGCGCCUCCCCGCGCCGCCAGGAGAUCCUCAGCAACGCGGGCCUCAGGUUCGAGGUGGUCCCUUCCAGGUUCAAGGAGAAGCUGCAUAAGGCCUCAUUUGCUACUCCGUACGCAUACGCGGUGGAAACGGCCAAGCAGAAGGCCCUGGAGGUGGCCGGCAGGAUGCACCAGAAGGACCUGCGGGCCCCUGACGUUGUCAUCGGAGCAGACACCAUCGUGGCGGUGGGAGCGAUGAUCCUGGAGAAGCCUGUGGACAAGCAGGACGCCUACCGCAUGCUGUCAAGGCUGAACGGGAAGGAGCACAGUGUGUUCACGGGCGUGGCCAUUGUCCACUGCUGCAGCAAAGAUAUUUCAGGUCCAGGGAGGACCCUGAGGCUGACUUUGAGCUCUUGGGCUCCCCGAGCACAUCCCACAGACGGCCGGCUGGACACGGAGGUCUCGGAGUUCUACGAGGAGACCACGGUGAAGUUCUCAGAGCUGUCAGAGGAGCUGCUGUGGGAGUACAUCAACAGCGGAGAGCCCAUGGACAAGGCUGGCGGCUACGGGAUCCAGGCGCUGGGCGGGAUGCUGGUGGAGUACGUGCACGGGGACUUCCUCAAUGUCGUGGGCUUCCCCCUGAACCACUUCUGCAAGGAGCUGGCACGGUUGUACUACCCGCCCCGCCCCGAGGACCUGCGGCGGGUCAGGCACGACUCCAUCCCCGCCGUCGACACCUUCGAGAACCUGAGUGACUCGGAGGCAGGUGGCUCAGACCCAGGUCAGAGCGCCAAGGGCGGCCGUGGUGGCGAGCAGGCGGACGGAGACCGGUCACAGGCUCCGCGUGCGCUGGAUGCAGCCCUUAACGGGGCGGACAGCCGGCCCCCGUUCCCCACGGGCCUCCUGGAGCUGAUGGACGGCUUCAAAGCAUCCAAGGUCCUGUUCACGGCUUGCAAGCUCAGACUGUUUGAUGUGUUAAAAGACCAAGGCCCCCUGCAGGCCGCGGAUGUCGCCCGCAAACUCAGCACCUGCGCGGGCAGGACUGAGCAGCUGCUGGGUGUGUGCGCGGCCCUGGGCUUGCUGGAGAAGACGCGCAGAGGUUACGGCAACACGGAGGUGGCGACCCUGCACCUAGUGUCAGACGGCGAACACUCUCUCCAGGGCCUGGCCGAGUACAAUGACGCCCACGUCUGGGGCGUCUUCACACGCCUGGGCCUGGCCGUGCGGGAGGGGGCAGACCAGACCCGCGGGGUUCUGGGGGCGAUGGAGGAGGAACGCCUGUCCCAGAACAGGGAGCUGACGCUGCAGUUCAUGAGGGCCAAGCACAGCCUCAGCAAACUGACCGCCCACCACGUGGCCACGGCCUUCGACCUGUCCCGAUUCGCCUCUGCCUGCGACCUGGGAGGCUGCACGGGCAUCCUGGCCCGCGAGCUCGCCCAGGAGUACCCGCGUCUGCAGGUGACGGUGUUUGACCUCCCAGAGGUCACUGAGCUCUCUGGGGGCUUUCAGCGUGGCGGACGACAGACAGAGCGGAUCCGCUUUGUGCCAGUGAGGACACAGCGAGUAGGCCACUACCUACAAGCCAAGCAGAGUGUCCUCCGCAGGAACUGACCCUGCCAACACCUUGAUCUCGGAUGUCCAACCUCCAGACCAUGAGAAAUCAACGUGUGUUGUUGAAGCCCCUGUCGGUGGGACUUUGUUGCUUCUGCCUGAGCUGACAGAGACACACCCUAAAGCUUCAAAUCUAGGAGCAGCACGAUGGAAGCUGUGCUACUGAUUCACCAUGUAUAGGAAAGAGAACCACGAAAGCAAAAGAAAAAGAAGUGCAUAUUGCCCAUCUCUGUGCAGCUGUCUGGGGCCACCCCGUGUAGACUUGUCUGCACCCCCGUGUUUACUCUCCCUUCAUGCCAAUUCGAAGUGUUUUCUUUCUUUCUUGUUUUGUGUGUGUAAAUGUGAGCUACAUCUAACCCUUUGUGGAAUGAGGCAGGGUUAGGAGUAACAAAUAGCAAAGGUGUCUGUGUCCACAGUUACAGAUACACAUUUGGUAGAUGCAGGGACAAAUGACCCCAAACUGGGGGCUUAAAGUGACCCGAAUCCAUCCUCCUUCAGUUCUGGAGAUCAGACCUCUGAGGUCGAGGUGUCCCGCGCUCCCUCCAGAGGCUCCAGGGGAGGGUCCUUCCCGCCUCUUCCAGCUUCUGGGGGCUCCAGGCGUCC